GUGCACACAAGCGAGGUGAAAUGCAGUCAAGCCUGCUUAUUGACCCAAGUCUGAUGCUCUCCCCGACGCUGCCUCUAUUCGAGACGCUUCGACCACGAGAAUCCCUUACCGCAACGCCUGGAAAGCCCUUGCCGGCUGCUCGUAUGCCCUCGAGACUCUUUGAAGGAUCCCCUCAACACUUUCCUGCCUCCAACUGACUUUGAUAUCUAUAAUGAAGCACGCGUCUUGUUAGAGGCCAACCCUACCACUGCUUUAUCAGAGUUAAAGUCUAGGAUCCCCCGAUGUGAGCGACCUCUUGCCGUCUGGGGACGAUCGAUGCCUUUUUUCCCAAUUAUCGUGCUCCGGGUGCUCCCCGCUUGGACCCUUGUUCCGAGUCACGCGGAGAUUCUUCCGCCCCCACGCUCUACUAACCGACCACACCUCACCAUAGCAAGUCAUCACAUCGCAACCUAUAGCAAAGAUGGCCCUCCCAGGACGUGAAGUCGACUUGCCCACGCUUGCCCGCCAUCUUGUUGAACACGGACCACAUAAGACGCUGUCCACAGAACGACGCGUCAGAGUCCUGAUCAACGGCGCUUGCAUUGCGGAUUCUCUCGGCACAACAGGAGCACUCUUUGUCUGGGAACAUCCACACUAUCCACAGCUCUACUUUCCAAGAGAUGCUCUAGUUAAGAACGUAUCAGGCUAUAACAUUAUUUAUGAGGAUCAUCAAGACGUGAAGAGUGCUCAGGACAAGGUCAUCGCAAAAACACUCAAGGUCAAGGUCCAACGUAAUUCUGACAAUGACAUGAAAGAGAUAAAAGAUGGCUUUAUGGUCUUUGAUGACAAGCUUGACGGCAAAGCAAGUGCACUUAGCGGCAUGCUCAAAAUCAACUUCAGUGCUGGUGACCAGUGGCUCGAAGAAGACACCCCCAUGUUCGUCCACCCAAAAGACCCCUUCAAGCGCCUCGAUAUCCUUCAAUCUUCUCGUAGUGUAAGAGUUGCCGUGGACGGCAAAACCAUCGCCGAAUCCCAGACUUGCAUGCAAUUAUACGAAACAGGCCUACCAGUCCGCUACUACAUGCCGCUCACCUCAAUCGACACCUCACUCCUCCGACCCAGCGACACCAUCACAGCAUGCCCCUACAAAGGAGAAGCCUCCUACUACAAUGUAGUCGUGGGCGAUAGAACCCAUAAAGACAUUAUAUGGUACUACAACCACCCUAUCGUGGAAUGUGCAGCUAUAACGGGUCUAUGUUGCUUUUACAAUGAAAAAGUGGACAUGUGGGUUCAGAAUGGUGAUGAGUGGAAGAAGCUCGAAAAAGCGAAUUCGAUAUUUAGUUGAAGUGGUUGGGUGGCUAAGAUGUAGCUCGUUAUACUUUGAUGUCAAUGCUAAAACUGCCUCGCUAAUUGAUGCUUUGUGAAACCAUUUCUGGUCAUCCCCUGAAAACCCAUGGAUCUCUGCCAUCGUAAUCGGCGCCUGGGUAAUCGAAAGGCAGAUCUUCAGCAUUGAAGAUGUCCAUAUCUGGAACUUCUUUCUCAAU